AUGGGAGGUAUUCAAUCGAUAUACACAUACGUUUUUCCAAAGGCAGAUGCAUCCUCCAAACGACCAUACAAUGGUCGUUUGAUUCGCAUAGACAGUAGUAUUUAUGUGAAUAAUCCAGAUUGUCAAAAUACAAUUGCACACUUUCAAAACGUUCUCACAGACAUUCAUUUAUAUAAAAAUGCGGAUGAACCUUUCGAAUUUAUCGAAACCAUGGAAAACCGAACAGUCAUUGCUAUCAUGUCUGGUUCGAUUGGACAAUCUGUUAUACCAGGUGUGCACCAACGCUUUGCUUCGAAAACUUUACCAGAUCCAGAUUCAGUACAAACUAUAUUCACAAUGUCUAUCAACUUUAAACAAUCUGCAACAUCGUUUGCUUCUAUUAGUACCAUAAGUCACUAUCCCGAUGAGAAUGAAUUAUUGCUUUCCAUGCUCAGUGUAUUUCGCAUCCAGGACAUUAGACCAAUGGAUACGGACAGUCGAGUAUAUAAAGUGAUUUUAACAUUUAUCGAUAAUAAUGAUUCCGAAUUGAGUGCACUAACAAAAAGUACACGAGAACAGAAGUUUCCCAACAUAAAAAGAUACAAUAGAAUGGUCUUAAUUCUAAUUCAAACGAGUCAACUUGAUCAAGCUGACAAGACCUGUCAAAGUUUACUUAAUCGAACAGCAGCUGAAAAUGAGUUGGUAGUUAUUUAUGAUCAACUGGGUAGAAUCAGAAAUGAUCAAGAACAGUACGAAGAGACAAUCAAAUUCUACGAUAUUUUACGAAAAGACACUUUCUCCUGCUAA